AUGAAUUUACUCGCUUUGCUCGCGGCGUGCAUCCCUGCCGCAUUGGCUGCAUCCUGGACGGCCACCCCGUUCACGCCUCCAUCUAUCCCUCUCGCCGUUCGUUCUCCAUACUUGUCGGCGUGGUUGCCCCAGGGUGCAGGAACUGCUUUGAACGGUGCAUGGCCCACCUUCUGGACCGGCUCUAUCCUUGGCUGGGCCGGUUUUGUCAAGGUUGAUAAUGUGGCGUAUACCUUCCUCGGCGUGCCUGGCGGCGUCACUGGGACAACCAAUGCCGUGCAAAAAAGCUUCUCCUUCACGUCGACACAGUCACAGUUCGUGCUGACAGCAGGAAAGGUUGACCUCACGGUCACCUUCUUAUCUCCUAUUGAACCCACGGACCUGGUCAGACAAUCUCUGCCGUUCUCGUACAUGUCGGUCUCCGCGAAGUCCAACGACGGCGGCUCUCAUUCGGUCCAGGUCUACACAGACAUCAGUGCCGAGUGGGUAACAGGCGACAACUCCCUUGUUGCCAACUGGACGACGUCGACAGCGAACAGCCUCAUCAUUCAUCAAGCGCAACUUGCCAGCCCUUCCGUCUUUUCCGAAGUCAGCGACCAUACGCAGUAUGGCUCUGCCUACCUCGCUUCGUCAUCGACUGGUGCUACCUAUCAAACCGGUCAGGACGUCGUCGUUCGUCAGCAGUUCGUCUCAAACGGCAAGCUUGCCAACACCAAAGACACGAACUUCCGUGCCGUAUCAAACAACUGGCCUGUGUUUGGCAUCGCACAUGACCUCGGCACUGUCUCAAGCACCGCAUCCUCGCCCGCCGUCUUUGUCGUUGGUCAUGCUCGCGACCCCGCAAUUCAGUAUCUGACGGCCGGCGGUGUUCUUCAAAGUCGCAGCUCUUACUUCUGGAGCGCUUACUCAACGGCAGCUGCAGCCAUAUCUGCCUUUGUUAGCGAUUACAGCGCCGCUGUGACCCGUGCGAAUACCUUCGACGCUAAGGUUCAAAGCGAUGCAAACAAGGUCUCGACACAAUACGCUGGUAUCGUGGCGGCAUCACUUCGCCAGGCAUUUGGGGCCACGGAGAUUACCGUCUCCAGGACCUCCACUGGUUUCAACACAUCGGAUGUACUCAUGUUCAUGAAGGAGAUCUCCAGUGAUGGCAACGUGAACACCGUAGACGUGAUUUUCCCAGCCUACCCUGCGUUUUUGUACACCAACCCGGAGCUCGCAAAGUACCUUCUCCUGCCACUAUUUGAGUAUCAGGCCACCGGGCAGUACCCGAACAAGUGGUCCGUUCAUGACAUGGGUGCAUCAUACCCGAAAGCACUCGGACACAACGAUGGAAAGGACGAGGCGAUGCCUCUUGAAGAGAGCGGCAAUAUGCUCAUCAUGACGCUCGCAUACACGCAGAAGACAGGCAACAAGGAUCUUAUCACUAGAUAUUCCGCCUUGCUCGACCAGUGGACUCAGUUCCUCGUUGCCGAGGCGCUCAUUCCUGCGAACCAGAUCUCUACGGACGACUUCGCCGGCUCCCUCGCCAACCAAACUAACCUGGCAAUCAAAGGCAUCAUCGGUAUCCGCGCCGAGGCCGCGAUUGAGAGCCUGCUUGGCAACACGGCGUCCAGUUCGAACUACACCUCCAUCGCGAACAGCUAUGUCAGCCAGUGGCAGAACUUUGCGCUGUCCAGCGACAAGACGCACUUGACGCUCUCUUACGGCGACAGCAAUUCCUGGGGGCUCAGCUACAAUUUGUAUGCCGACAAGCUGCUCGGCUUCAACCUAUUCCCUCAGAGCAUAUACACAUUACAGGCUAACUGGUACUCGUCGAAGGAGGGGGCGUUCGGUGUCCCUCUCGACACGCGCCACACAUACACCAAGAGCGACUGGCAGAUCUUCACGGCCGCUAUGCUACAGUCUACCUCGACGUCCGUCCGUGACCAGCUCAUCUCGGGCGUCUACAAGUAUGCGUCCAACGCAGUGAGCGGGAACACCGAGCCGCUCGGAGAUUGGUACGAGACCACAAACGGUGUGACCGAGGGCUUCCGCGCUCGUCCUGUGGUUGGAGGACAUCUAGCUCUCUUGACUCUCUGA